AUGGACCUCGCGCGGGAGACCCGGCAGGCGCAGAAGCAGGCGGACGAGGGCUUGCAGAAUCUGAGCGGGAAGAUCAGCAACAUGGAGGAGGCCCUGAAGGAUCGGGAGCAAGCGGUGCUCUUCGGAUCCCGGUGCCUCUCGUGCAACCGCGCUUACGAUGAUACGGUGAAGACACCAGGCACCGUGAACCUGCCCGCGGAGCAGCGCAAAGCGCAGAUCUUCGCCGAAAUCCAGCGGGCGCUGCACAACCCGAGGACAGACCCAAAGGAGAGCAUCAAGCUGCUUGCGGUGAAGGUGGGUCGGCCAUGCGCCAGCACCAAGCCCAGCCGCGAGGGCCCCUUCGCCAGCCGGGAUUCCUCCUCUUUGGCCUAUGGCAUCGAGGACGUCCAGCUGCUGCCCCUGCGGGCCCACAGCUCCCUGAGCAAAAGCCGGGCCUCACCCAGGGCAUCUCCCAGGCCGACAACGCAGAGCAUGAGCCGAGGGGAGGAGCGGAGCCUUUGGAGUCACGGCCGCGGGCCGUCCGCAGAGCACCGCUUCAAGGUCUAUGAGGACAUCAAGUCCGCCGUGUCGUGA